AUGACCUCCCGUCUUGCAGAGCUUGGUCACCAACUACACCGGUUCUACGAGCACUUGGAGUGUCCUUGGUCGCAGGACUUCAGCAACGACCUCAUACUGAAAGCUCAAUUUGUCUCUGCCACCCUUCCGAGACCUCCUUCAGUCAAGCGAGACAGUCUGUUCCCGGUCGACUGGUUGAUCUACAAGCCCAGCGUCCGUCGUGCUGCGAAAGAGUUCAUCAAGCUCAGCAAACACCUCGUGGACAGCGGUGACGAGCAAUUUGCUGCUUGGUUUAGUCUGCACCCUCUCGAUCGUGUCGAGUCUCCGUUAUCUCUUGACGUUUUACGAUCCCGCUCGACUUCGGUGGCAAGCUCGUUAACCGGAGCAAGAAUCUCUUGA